AAUGUACACAUGGAUUGUGACAAAUUUGAAAUAAACAGAUAUAUUCUCUCAGAGGUUCCACCCACUAUUUAUUAUAUAAGAGACUUCAUAACGGAAAGUGAAGAAGAAUUAUUAAUAAGAAAAGUUGAUAAUGCUCCUAAACCAAAGUGGACCACUUUAUCAAAUAGAAGAUUACAAAAUUGGGGUGGAUUACCUCAUCCAAAAGGAAUGGUUGUAGAACCAAUGCCAAAUUGGUUACAGAUAUAUUCCAAGAAAAUAGCAGAACUUGGUGUCUUUGAAGAUAAAGUUCCAAAUCAUGUGCUUGUAAAUGAAUAUUUACCAGGACAAGGCAUUAUGCCACAUGAAGAUGGUCCCCUCUUUUAUCCAACUAUUACCACUGUUAAUCUAGGAUCUCAUACUAUUUUAAAUUACUAUCAUAAAAUAAAUGAAGAGGAUUCUUCUAACAAUGAAAAAGAGGAGACUAAUUCCAAUAGACUUCUAGCAUCAGUUUUACUAGAACCACGAAGCCUUUUAGUAGUAAAAGACGAUAUGUAUCAUAAGUAUCUUCAUGGCAUCGAUGAAAAGGUUGAAGACGAAAUAAAUAACAACAUUGUGAACAUAAGAGAUCAUUUAAGUAAUUAUCCUUUGAACUUAAAACGUAAUCGAAGGAUUUCAUUAACCUUUCGUUAUGUUCCCAAAUUUAUUAAAACAAAAUUGUUUUCAAAGCAGUACUAAAUAAAAAAACAUGAAACAUGUUCAAUGUCGUUAUGGAAUUGUUAUAUAUAUAUAUAUUACUUUUACUUUCCUGGCUGUUAUGUAUUGAAAUCGGUCAAAUUUGACCCUCUGGGUUUUUGCAAAUCUCCACAUUUUGAGACCCCUGAACCCAAAAAGUAAAAAAAAAAGGGGUGGCAAAAAAUUCCGUGGAUAUGCAUAUGUAUAUUUUUGUGUCUAUUUCAUUGGUUAAAAUGGUUACAUUAAUGGAGCACUUAUUACAAAUAUAAGAUGUCUGUCACAUUUUUCACAAUCCAAUUCUUUCUAGGUUUGUUUUGAUUUGUUCAAGUAGAUUUUCAGAAGUAAAGUGAAAAUGUAUGUCACAUCAACUACAUAAUUCAGAAGACAUACACGAAUAUUUCUUUUAUUCCGAUUCAGAUGGAGAUAUGCUUCUGCUUUCAUGAUGAUUCAUUAGAUUCAUAAGUAUGUAGACAAGUACAAGCACUGGACUUAGGUCAGUGCAAAAAAUUUAUUAUCUCCUAAUAAUUUAAACGUGAUUUUAAGAAACAAACAACUACAGAAAUAAUGAUAUUUUUUGGACUAUGCAUGCUAAUGGGGAGUAUUAGAAAAAAUUCUAUUCAUGACAAUUGGAGCAGUGACCCCAAAAUUUUCAGUUUUCUAGAAACUGUGUCUAUAAAUAGAUUUUAGCUUCUCCUUAGAAUGCUUCAUUUUGUCAACACUUUAACACAAAAUCCAACAGACUGACUUUCCAAACUUGGAAACAUAUUCCAAAACCUAAAAGCCUCCUGGAAUACAAAUUUCUAUCCAUAUGAAAAUUUAUGCAUUGAUGAAUCUCUUUUCCUUUGGAAGGGAUGACUUUCAUUUUGACAGCAUAUUCCAUCAAAAUGUUCCUGAUUUGGAAUAAAAUUAUAUAUAUUAGCUGAUUGAAAAAUUAAUUAUGUUUUAGAUAUAAUAGUCUAUACAAAAAAACUACGAAAUUUUCAGAAAAAUACAAAGAUUUGGACAGUCUGGAAGUGUUGCACUCGCUCCUUGAGGGUUAUUCUGGAAAACAUUAUAAGUUGUAUAUUGAUGAUUAUUAUGUGAUAAUCCAGAGGUACUCUUACCAAGAGUAAAUUUUUACCCUACAUAAAUUUACAUAAACAUACAUAAAUUUUCACCCUAAACAAACUUAAAUAAAUAAUUUAUUUUAAUUUCACUUAAAAAUGCUAAAAAAGGAUAUAAUUUAGAAUAAAGUUAAUAUAACCAAAAAAGGGUAUAAAAGUUUAACAUCCUGCAAAACUGCUAUAUUACUCAGCAGUUUAACCAGAAAUGAGGAUGUUUUGUAUCCUUCCUCCACACCUCAUAUCUGAGAAUUUUGCACACCACCUGGUCCAUUGACACAUCAUUUCUGAUAAUCAUGAUGGUGCAGAAAACGAUGAUAAAAAGAGUGGCUUGAAUACACUCGGGGCAGUUGUUUCCAACAUUGCCAUACUGAGGAGUUCGUUCAAAAUAUUGCCAAAGUGAGUGCUCCUCCUCCCUCAGCUGAACCUGUACUUCGGACUCGCCACCCCAAGAAAUGAACAACAAAGGUUUCAACAUGAGCAACGAGGUAAACGUUUAUUGUAAACUCUCUCUCUCGGUUUAAAUCUAAGAUAGACCCUAGAGGAGUGAUAAGAGAUAAUUCCUAUCUCAUCCAUAUCCUCUAUAUUCUCGGUAAUAUGGAUUAUAGUCGUAUGUUAUAUCUGUACGCCUAUGUUAUCUUUUUAUGUUUUGUUGUAUUAUUAAUUGUCCUUGUUGUUAUUUCUUUGAUUAAAUUGUUAACUUUAUAUUUAAUGUCCUUCUGGUCUGGUAUUCAUUGCAUAUGCACAAACCCACACAGAAUCUUACCACUCGGGUUCUUUUAAAAAUUAAGCCAUCCAGUGACAAGGUGAGCAGGUCUAACAGAUCUGAUGAUUAGAGGGCCUGGACCCUCGUCCGUAUUCUCACAAUUAUAAUUCUCCAGAACCUUGGAACAUUAAAAAUAGAAGGAAUAGAAACUUGUGGUACAAUAAGAAAAACAGAAAAUAUUUAUCAACUGAUUGAAAAAAUUAAAUCUAGAAGUGAGCAUUUUCUAUAUGGAUAGCAUCUUAUACAUCUUACAUGAAUGAUGGAUGGAUAAGCAAGAGGUCUGAAUGUUAUCAAAUUUUCUUCCACAUUAAAUGGAAAGUGCAUCAUUAACCUCAAUCUCAACCUGAAGAACUAGUAUAAAGCCAUAAAGUAUAAUGAAAAUAUGGUCAUCUAGACAUGAUAGUUAUAAUCAAACCCCAAGAAAAACAAAUGGUAUAAGAAAUUAUUUUUUCAUUUCCUUGUCAUCUGCACAUAUAACUAUCAUCUUGUAUAAAGACAAAAAUCUGAACAAAUACAGACGUAUAUUCGGUGAAACUAUUCGACUUGAUUAACGCACAUACGAAAAUUGGCGCGCAAACUGCAUUAUGGCAAAGACCCUUCUCUAUUGGCCCGCUGUCACUACGCUUCGCCAAUCGCGUUAAUUCUUGACAGUUGUAGCGGACAGACGAACGUCAUGGCAGUAUGUGAUAAAUGAUGAUAUCAA